ACGAUAUGAGAAACAAGAUUCUCAAAGAGACCAGCAUUACUGAAUUGAGCCACCUUACCAAUUUGUUAGCAACUUAUUACGAGCUUGAUGACGAUACGGCGUCAAUUGUAUCAAAUACGCAUAGCAAGAUCGAAUACGGGGCGCUACUCGAGCCAAUCAUCAACGACUCCCAAGCUCGGCUCAUUUUUCGCAUCCAGAAUUACAUUGAUAACAAGCUUGUAAAGUACAAACCUAGGCCGGAAGACUUACUAUUGGGCAACCGGAAAAAGUCUAGCGGGCGGAUCUCCGUCUUGGACGAAUUUGAGGCAAACUUAUUUCCUGAAUUAUAUGUACCAGUUGGGAAAGCAUUGACAAUCUUGUCCAAUCUCUAUGAAUUGAUAAACUCGAUGGUUUUCGACGAUAUCGCACACUACAUCAUUCACAGUUGCAUAUUUAUGUUAAAGAAUGGUGCGAUGGAUCUUGCUAUCAGUCACCUUGGGUAUGCUGACGCAAAACUCUUCUAUUUGAAGAACUUAACGAUGCUCAAAAAUCACCUCAACACUUUCGACAUACAGUUUGUUCGCACUGAAACUUCUUUGGAUUUGACUGGCGGCAUCCAAGAACUUAUAAGGAUUUUUAGAUCCGGAAGUUUGUCAGUGAGUCUCAACUCCCAAGGCGGAUUUUUGGAGCUCGCGAAAAAGUCUGCUCCGAAGGUCGUAAAUGAUAUGAUCGAUGCCAAAAAGGAAAUCGAGCUGGAGUUGAGUAAUACAUUUAACGAUUUCAUCACAGACUGUACGAAUGUGAUUUGUGAGCCAAUACUUCACGAUGAUGGCACCAGCUUGGCAGAAAAAAACAACAAGUUAAGUGAUAAUGUGCUCAUGAAAGUCCCACACAUUCACAAGCAGGUGAGCGCCUACAUCGCACAAGAUGAGUUUGUGACAUAUCUUCUUAGUGUAUUGUCUCGAUUGAUCUAUAGCACUUACGAAUCCUACCAUCGUACAGUGGAACAGAAGAUGGCAUCAUCGGGGCAUGCUGACGAACUCAACGAGAUCAUGGAGCCGGAAACAUUCUUCAACUUUUUGGCAGAAACAAUAGCGGGAUUGCAAGAAUUCCACGACAUCAGGCAAGAAACGAUUGAUUACAAUGAAGAUAACAUCAACGCUUCAGAACCCAUACUUGAAAUCACAAAUGAGAUUAGUGAAGAUCUAUCGCCUAAAGAGUCUGAAGUGUCAAGAAUGCUAAUCGACGAAAACCCAAGAUAGACUCAUUCAUAUCGAAUCAAGGACAUCGUAUAGCUUCCAAAUCAAUUUCUUGCAUCCAACUCCUUGGUUGAAGCCGGGAAAAAUUAGGGCUGCUUCUCGCCGUCCGCAGGCUCGUAUAUAUUUUUCAACAACAAUCUAUUGAGCUCGUUCUUCACAAAUUGCACCAUGUCACCUUUGAUCAUCAAAUGCGAAUUGUCGAGCUCUUGUAGUACGAUGCCUCUGCUUGUGGAGUCGAUUUGAAGAAUCAAGGCCCGAAUCGAUGGAUCGCAUCGUACCAAGACACCUUUGCUGGCUGUUGGCAUUUUCAAACUAGGGUGCUCUGAAACCUCUGUGAUCUACAUUCAGAAGCGCGCGACGGACUCUUGAUGG